AUGACCGAUGCAACCCCGAAUCAAACGCAGGAAAUGGAAGACAUAUCCUGCAAGCAUGCUGUUAGAGCCGGCAUGGUCUUCUUGCGAAAUGGUGCAACUGCCGUUGAUGCCGUCGAAAUGGCCAUCACAUCCCUUGAGGAUGCCCCAAUCACGAACUGUGGCUACGGAAGCAAUCUCAACGCCGAAGGAGUUGUCGAGGCUGAUGCUUCAAUCGUUGAUCACUUUGGUCGCAGUGGUGCUGUAGGAGCUGUACCCAACAUCAAGAACCCUAUCAUGGCUGCCCGCAAGAUCUAUGACCAGUCAUAUACGCUCCCAGGAAUGUCCCGGGUCCCGCCCAAUCUCCUCGUGGGAGAUGGAGCUUCCCAUUUUGCCUGGAAUAACGGCGUUGUGAUCGUGCCACACGAAGCCUUGAUUACUCCCUCUACAAAAGAGCGCUGGAAGACCUGGAAACAAGAGAUCUCUGAUUGGGGAUUAAAGUAUCCGGAAAGUAAUUCUAAAGGUGACGAGAAGAACCCUUGCAUACGCCGCGCCGGUGAUCACUUGAAAACUCACAUCGCACGUACUUUUGAGGGCCUCAAUGGCCAAACCAAGGUUCACACCGAGCUUUCCUCCAUGCAUAAAGCCGUUGAGACUUCCGAUGUGGAAAUGGUUGAUAUGAGCAGCAGUUCGACCGCAAGCCCUCGACCAAGAAACGGCAAGUCACACCAACACACUUCGGAGGCCGUCCUUCCGAAUAAAGAACCACAGAACGGAGACGACCCGAAACCUCAUUCGACCAAAGGGUCCAGUUUAUUUGGAAAUUCACUCGGAGGCGAUUCGAUAACAGACACCGUUGGGGCGAUUGCGGUUGAUCGAUACGGAAAUAUUGCUGCGGGUUCCUCAUCAGGGGGCAUCGGCAUGAAGCAUCAUGGUAGGGUUGGGCCUGCGGCAUUGAUUGGAAUCGGGACUCAUGUCAUUCCUGUUGAUCCUGCUGAUCCAGAUCAAACGUGUGUUGCCUCAGUUACAUCGGGUACAGGUGAGCAUAUUGCAUCGACUUUGGCAGCCAGUACCAGCGCAGACCGGGUUUAUUUCUGCCAAAAGAGUGUUGGCAAUGGUCUAUCUGAGCAAGUUACCGAGCAAGAAGCGUUGGAAGCAAUGAUUACCAAUGAAUUCAGCGGCCACCCUGCACUGCAAAACAACGAUGUAAAAGGCUCGAUUGGUAUUAUGACGGUCAAGAAGACAAAGGAUAGCAUCGAACUAUGCUUUUCUCACAACACCGACUCCUUUGCCUUGGCUUCUAUGUCAAGUAACGACAGCCUACCUAAAGCUUUAAUGUCGCGCAAGCCCAAACGGUCUUCCAAAGUGGCAACUGGUGGUCUGAUGAUACGACCUCGUCAGUCUAUCCGAGCACCGAGAGCCUCAACAUCGCCGACGGAGAAAAAAGCUAGAAAGAAGAAGCGCCAGUCAAGCCAAAGCCCCUAA